GUUUUAGCUUUACACAUGAGUAAAGCGCAACCACACGCGUUACAGAAAAGACGCGUCUCAUUUCGCUCUUUAUAUCGUGAAUCAGUUUAUAAUAAACAUUAAUUCAGUCACUGAGUGUUGAAGAACACCGAAAGUAAAGCUACUGAGAUCCAUGCGACGUAAAGAUGGCGUCUAUUAAAGAGGAGAGUGAAGACAUUAAGAUUGAAGAUGCAAUCAGUGUGAAACAAGAAGAUACUGAGGAACAAACAGAUCUGAUGCCACUGAAAGAGGAGAAUGAAGUACUUGAUGAAAUCAAAAAUCGUGAUAUCGUAACUGAAGAAAUAUCUGAAAAGACUUCCUCACAAAAAAGUAAUUUCACCUGCCAACAGUGUGGAAAGGGUUUUUCUUCAAAAGGAAACCUGAAACGCCACAUUGAUGCUCACUCUGGAGAGAGGCCUUACGCCUGCCAGCAGUGUGGAAAGUGUUUCAAUAAAAAAGCAACCCUUAAAGGCCACAUGAGUAUUCACACUAAAGAAAAGCCUUAUAAGUGCCCUCAGUGUGGAAACUGUUUCACUCAGCAAGGAAAUUUUAACAGGCACAUGAGAGUUCACACUGGAGAGAAGCCUUACGCCUGCAAACUGUGUGAAAAGAGCUUUACAACAAAACUAAACCUUAAGGAUCAUAUAAACAGUCACACUGGUGAGACGCCAUUUACAUGUGAUCAGUGUGAAAGGAGGUUCCGAUAUAAGAUAACCCUUAAAAGGCACAUGAAGGUUCACUUAAGAGAGAGCAGUUUUACAUGUCCUCAGUGUGGAAUGAGUUUCUCAGACAGCAAAAACCUUACGAAUCAUGUGAUUACUCACACUGGAGAGAAACCACACAUGUGCCUUCAAUGUGGAAAGACUUGCUCAAACAAUACAAUUCUUGCUGUUCACAUGAGAAUUCAUACUGGAGAGAAGCCUUUUAACUGCCCUCAGUGUGGAAAGAGCUUCAGAUCUAUAGCAAACUUACAGACUCACAUGAGAGUUCACACAGGAGAGAGGCCUUACAUCUGCCCUCAUUGUGGAAAGAGCUUCAGAUUUAUUGGAAACUUACAAACUCACAUGAGAGUUCACACAGGAGAGAGACCUUACAAGUGUCUUGAGUGUGACGAGAGUUUCUCAUAUCAGAGAGACCUGAAACACCAUCUGCUAACUCACUCUGGAAAGGAAUUCUAGUGUUUCCUCAGUGGCAACAGAUUUACAAAAUAGAGCAAUUUCAAACCUGCCAUUCAGUCUAGAGAAUAGCAAAUUUCUUAUGAAAUAAAAUGUAUCAUCUCUGCCAUUUAAACGGAACCAGAAAAAAUACCGGUGGCCGGGUUUCCAUGCAAUUUGCGAAUUUAACUUGUGCACAAAAUUGUAAUAUCGCUCAAAACAUUUGCGAACAAACACUGUUUCCAUCCAAUGAGUCAGAGUACGAAAUCGUCACUUCCUGAUAAACUGCCACUAAACAUCACUAGGAAAAGUAGGAUAAGCUACUGAAUAUAAUAAUUGUCCUAUAUAAUAAAUAACUUGCACCUUAGAACGAGCAGACAAAACACAGGGAAUGUGGUUUCGGAGGUGAAUGCUGCUGUUUGGAAAUGCAGUCGUUUAACAGUUCUGGGAGGCCAAUACACAGAAAUUCUUAGAUGAGAGACUUUGCUCGGGCAUUUCCAAAUGACCAUAAUAACAUUUCAGAUGCUGUGGAAUGAGAUCGGUCCACGGGUUAGUCAGGAUUUACCGUCCCAU